AGUGUGUGAGAAGUGAAGGGAGGUAACAAACGGUGUCGCACCACAGAGAUGGCCACUGCAUUAUUUCGCACAGCACACAUCGACUGGAGUAUUUCUUCUGAACUUAUUUAUUCUCUAAAUCAAUCGAAAUCAGCUUUCCAAACUACCAGAUUAUUGCGAUCUUGUCGACACAAACCAUACCAGACAAUAUGGUUCAAACCUAUGGUCAGAGGUUCCACUGGAAAGGUGAAAAGCCCUAAGACUUUGAAGUUUUCAUUGUUUACACAGUUCAGUAAACUUUUCAAAAGGCAAUUUCCAGUUACCCUUGGAAAGAGAGGCUGUUUUCAUCCUGGUGCAUCAAUUGGUUCAACAAACUCUAUCAGUUUAAAAAAUGCAAAAGAAGUGACUGGCAUCGAUAUCAUCAAAGCAAUCAGUAAGCAUGUGUGGCCGAAAGGCAAGUGGAACAUCAAAGUGAGGGUUUCAGUUGCCAUCCUGUUACUUAUCAGUUCCAAGCUAUUGUUGGUCCAAGUACCGUUUCUUUUCAAAUACAUCAUUGACCAUUUGAAUGGCUCAGAGGAAUAUCUCAGCCUCAUUGAUGCCCCUUCAACCAUUAUCACUGUGUCCACAUCAUUAAUUAUUGCCUAUGGUAUAGCUCGGGCUGGUGCCAGUGGCUUUAAUGAACUCCGCAACGCUGUCUUUGCCAAAGUAUCACACAAUUCCAUACGAGAAGUUGCUCGCAAUGUAUUUCUUCAUUUACACAAUUUGGAUCUGAACUUCCAUCUCAGUCGCCAGACUGGUGCCUUAUCUAAAGCCAUCGACAGAGGAACCAGAGGCAUCAAUUUCACAUUAACUGCUUUAGUCUUCAAUGUGGUACCCACAACCUUUGAAGUUGCUUUAGUCAGCAGUAUUUUGAAUUACAAAUGUGGGGGACAGUUCACUUUAGUCACCUUGGGUUGUAUUGGCUCAUAUGCAGUUUUUACAUUUCUGAUAACCCAAUGGAGAACAAAAUUCCGGGUUUUAAUGAACAAAGCUGAUCAAGAAGCUGGUACAAAAGCUAUUGAUUCUUUGAUUAAUUAUGAAACUGUCAAGUAUUUCAACAAUGAGUGGUACGAAGCUAAGAAGUAUGAUAUUCUGUUGGGCAACUAUGAAAAGGCCUCCUUGAAAACAACAACGAGUUUGGCUGCUCUGAACUGGGGACAAAAUGCCAUCUUCAGUGUAGGCUUGACAGCCAUUAUGUACUUGGCUAGCAAAAAUGUUUUGAAUGGCACAAUGACUGUCGGAGAUAUCGUAAUGGUAAAUGGAUUGCUUUUCCAGCUAUCCUUACCACUUAACUUUCUGGGAUCAGUCUAUAGAGAGAUCCGGCAGGCUCUCAUUGAUAUGCAAACUAUGUUUAGCCUGCUUAAUUUGGAAUCUGCUGUAAAGAAUGCAGAAACAGCUCCUACCCUUGAUGUUUCUUCGGAAAAUUCAUCCAUAACAUUUCAAGAUGUCUACUUUGAGUAUGUCCCCGGACGUGCUAUAUUUAACAAUUUGACUUUCACUGUACCCGCUGGCAAGAAAAUUGCUAUCGUUGGUGGUAGUGGCAGUGGAAAGUCUACGAUUGUCCGGCUGUUGUACCGUUUCUUUGACCCCCAGAAAGGUUCCAUCUCUAUAAACAGUCAAGACAUAAAGACCAUCACGUUGGACAGUUUGAGAAAAGCUAUCGGUGUUGUUCCACAGGAUUGUGUGUUGUUCCAUGACACCAUAUACCAAAAUAUCCAGUAUGGUAAAUUGGAUGCCACAAAAGAAGAAGUCUUUGAAGCAUCUCGCAUGGUUGAAUUACAUCAAACCAUUGAAGAUAUGUUUCCUCAGAAAUAUGAAACACAGGUUGGAGAGAGAGGCUUGAAGCUUUCAGGAGGAGAGAAACAACGUGUUGCUAUUGCUCGGACAAUUUUGAAAGACCCUAUCAUAAUUGCUUAUGAUGAGGCAACAUCGUCACUAGAUAGCAUUACAGAGCAGAAUAUUCUGAAGGCUUUGAAAACGAUUGCAGAAGGACGUACAACAAUUGUUAUUGCUCACCGCCUCUCCACUGUAACUGAUGCCGAUGAGAUUUUAGUGUUGGACAAAGGGACCAUCAUUGAAAGGGGCACACACCAAUACCUAUUAAACCAACCUAACUCUAUGUAUUUGUCCAUGUGGCUCCGUCAGUCCAUGAAUCAAGACGAUUAUGAGGAAUUGAUCAAAAAUCAUGAUCAGAAAAACAACUCAUAGGGGACUAUGACGACUGGUUGGCAUUUCUGAAAGAUCUAGCUAAAGAAAAUGAUUGCGUCUAAGAAAACUUAUGAUUACAUGUUUUGAGAAAAAUCUGUUGGUAAAGUUCACAAAUAGAAUAAGUCUGUGUGCUGUCAUGUAAAGUGCAUUUUAAUGUUUCAGAUCAGGCUUUUUUGCAAACUUGAAAACAAAAGGCCAUCCAGAAAACUUUUCUUGGUUUCUUCUUUGAUGAAAUCUUGAUCAAGAUCCUACUCAAAAUGUUAGAAUCCAAUUUUCCUAGCAGCACUUGACAUAUAUAUAUAUAUAUAUAUAUAUAUAUAUAUGUUUGUUUUUAACCAUUCCACACAGUCUAUUGCUGCUGGGCCUGGUGGUACUAUGCGAUUAUGCUGCUACAUUUAUCAACUCUUCUGGCUAUAACUUUGUUGUCAGUGUCUUAACCUUUUAUCUUCUUUCAUAAAUGCUGUCAGCACUGUAAACUCUGUAGUCAGAAAUUACGUCUUUCAAAGUUCACAGUAGCUGAUUGCACUGUGUCUAAUUGCUACUAAUGCUUCUGUUAGUAAUACUACUGCCGUACUGUUUUAAAUGUAAAAUAACUUUUUUAAUGUAAAAUAUCUAAUCAUCAGUGAGUUAACCUUCCCAGAGCUCACAAAUUCUGUUGACAUUAAAUCUACUGCAUAGAACUGCUUCAGUUAUAGAUGCUACUGUCAAUGUAUUAAUCCUUUCAUAGUCUACAGCAUGGCUGUGGACUAUGUGAUGGCUAACUUUCUUCAAUGCAUAUCAUGUUCCCAAUAGGUUAAUUCUUUCAUAGUCUACUACAUACAAGUGGAAUAAGUUAGCUGUGAGAGGGUGAUUAGCUUCUGUAGACAACUCCCAAGCACUCUCCAGACCCAUAGUUUGACAUUUCAACUUGUCAGGCAACUUCUUUCUGCCUCUUCUACAAAUAGAAAGAAAACCCUUCAAUUUUACUCUAGACACAAUCUUAGCUGCUAGGACCCCUUUUUUUCUUCUUGUUGAUCCUCCACACCUCAACCUAUUUAGAAUUUCUCAGUUUAUGGUGUAACCUUACAAUCCCUAGUUAGUUAUUACAGCAUUUUAUUGUGUAUAUAAAUGUAAGCAAUACCACAAAACCCACUCAAUUCUUCUCCCCCUUAACUAAUGCCUCACUCUAUUAACCAUCUCCCUAACUCACUGCUACUAUUAUUUCCCCAUCAUUUGCUGAAACUACAAGACUACGGUGCUACACUUUAUUGCAAUAGCAAUAGCAGCCAAUUCUUAGUCUCCUCCUUUUCAGCACACACAUCACUACAUUCUUCCUCCAAUAGACUUUACUCAAAAUGUCCUAUUUCCCUUCUUCCUUCACAUCACUAACUUGUUCCACUUUGUCAACUUUUUGUACUUAAUUUUUGCCAAUAUUUACCAUCAUGAACUUCCUUAGAUUUUACUGUUUUAUUGUAUGUUGCAAUUUUAUGGGUGAAGUCUUUUAGUUGUCUGACAAAUGAAUUUCUUAGACUUUUAAACAGCUCUUCCAUAGAAUCAUUAUACAUAGUCUUAAGCCAAAUUUGUUCCUUAGGUUUUUAACACCAAUCUCUGAACAGCAAAGUUUAAUGUGUUUUACAUUAGGAAGAGAGUCAUGUUAUCCAUUAAGCACUCAAAACACACACACACACACAUGCACGUGCAAAGGUGCAUACACUCUUGUGUUAUGAAGUGAUGGAUUGUCGUCACUCUUCAGAGACCUGAUCAUUGACUCUGAGAUAAGAAAUUUUGUCAAUGACAAGUUGCAGGUGUAUGAUAAAAUAUUUUUAACCCUUUAUAGUACACAAUUCUAUAAAGAGAAUCAAAUGAAAUUGUUGAGUGUAACAGUUUUUGAGUUUUUUUAUUGUUUGUCGUCACUUUUCCACAAUGUAAUUUAGUUUUAACAUUUAAUGUCAAACAAGUACAAAAACAAAUCUAUUUUAUAUUAUAAGUCUUUAAUAAUUCUGUAUAUAAUUUCUGCUGCUAAUGUGUUAAAAUUGUUGUAAGAAAUAGAGUGAUGGUGUGUAUGUCAAAAUUAACAGUAAAAAGAAAGGGCAAAUUUAGAUGUAAAUGUCUGUUAGAAGUCAAUGUAUUUAAUAAUGGCUUGUAUAUAUAAUUUAUUUUACCUGUAAAUUCUAUCAGCGAAUAAAAAUGAAAAGGGGGACAGAGUAUAAAAAAAUAUUUUUAAAAAACACAAAAACAAAAGAGAUUCUUCAAGCUGAGAUAUUUUGUUGAAGAUAAAACCAAAAUAGGUGUGUGGUAGAAUCUACUAAAAGUUCUCUGUUUGAAAAUAUUAAGCAUGAUCAUGUAAAAUCAGAAGUCUAUCCAAUUUUUAUAGAGACGGUGGUAUGUUUAAAGUGGUGUUUUUAUCACCAUAUUUCUAUAUAUAUAUAGUAACAAACUGAGGAAAAGAAAUCCUUCAAAGGGGUGUGUUAAACAUCCAAUUCACUGGUACGUCAGUUGGAUACCAUAUAAAUAUUGGUAUAAUUCAAUUAUAAAGAUAAAUUAGAUAUAGAGAUAUUCAAUUGACGAUCCAAUAAUUUAUUUAUAUUACAAUAUUACAUUAGAUACUAUGAAUAUAAUAUAUAACAUAAAUAAUUAUAAAAACCAUAGAAGGCCAACAAAUUGUUUCGACUUAUAUAUAUUUUUUCUGAUAUACAUAAUCACAGUUCCAUUAUAUAUAAAGUCACUUUAUAAAUAAUGGUACUGAUUAUAUUAUAUUCAUAGUAUUUAAUGUAAUAUUGUAACAUAAAUAAAUUAUUGGAUUGUCAAUUGAAUAUCUCUAUAUUUGAUUUAUAUAUAUAUAUAUAAUUAUUAUUAUUAUUAUUAUUAUUAUUGACCACACAUGCUCAAUGUAUGUGUUUUGUUUCUUCACUGGUUAAACACCCAGUGCUAUGAGGGAAUCAUCCAUGAAGCAGUGAACAAGCAAAGCAAAUGCAUUGAAUAUUUGUGCUUGAUAAUAUUUACAACACUAGUGCUGCUUUUAAUUCAUAAUCUAAUAUAUAUGUAUAAACAUAUAUAUGUGUGUGUGUGUGUGUGUAUAUACACACACACACACACACACAUACUGCCAUAUCUAUACAUAACAUAUAUACACUGCCAUUAAAUAUACAGGUUCAGGCAUGGUUGAGUGGUUAAGGAGUGUGCUUUGCAAUCAUAUGGUUCUGGUUUUGAAUCCACUACAUGGCACAUUUGCCAAGUGUCUUCUACUUUUACUUCAGGUUGACCAUUGCCCUGUAAGUGAAAUUUGACAGAAAGAAACUGUAUGGAAGUCUGCUGUAUGUGUGUGUGUCUUCACAUUGACACUGCUGUGGGCAACAGUAAUGUUCUUUCUGUCCCACAGCUUGGUGGUCUGACAUACAAAGAUGUGGCCUAAAAUAUCUUACUUGAAAACAAGUCAGAGUUGGUAUCAGGAAGGACACCAGACUGUAGAAUGAUUCUUCAAGAAGUCACAUCCAGCCCAUGACAAUGAGGAAAAAGACAUGUGUAAAAGUGAAAUGUUCUAAAAAUUUAUCAGAUUUAACAACUGCAUGUUGUUCCUGGAGGUUACUGGUGAUGAAGUAAAUUGUUUUUACACACUGUUUGGAAGCCUCCCAUCUAUAGUAUCUGUAUUGUUUAGCCAUAUUUACUCUGCUUUACUUCCUUUUUUAUAAGAUAACAAGAUAUACAUAUAUAUAUAUGUGUAUAAAGAAAGAAAAGGAUAAAGAGAUCAAUGGCAAAGUUAGAAUUAUAUUUUAUGUAUAAAGUCUUACAGUUGUUUCAGGGAACAUCCAAUGUAUCCCUUCAUCGGAGACGGUAAUAGUAGAAGAACUUUGCCAUUGAUCUCUUUAUCGUUUUCUUUCUUUAUACAUACACAUGCUAAUACACGACCUAUGUUAUAUUCCCCACUCAUGUUGCUACAACGACAGGGGCAAAACUAGUCAGUAUAUAGCACUUACUCGGUAUUACCUGUAUCCUUAGGGUUCGGUUGACACCAAUACCCUUCAUAACCUUUAUAUAUAUAUGUAUAUAUAUUCACACAUGCAGAUAUAUACAUUACAUACACACACACACAUACGUACAUACAUAUAUGUAUCUUUUACUUUUUACUUAUUUCAGUCAUUAGACUGCAGCCUUGAGGAAUUUUAGUCAAACUAAUUGAUUCCAGUACUUAUUUUCUUUUUAAACCUAUGCUUAUUCUAUCAGUGACUUUUGCUGUACUGCUAAGUUACAGGGAUGUAAAUGUACCAACACUGGUUGUCAAGUAGUGGUGGACACACACACACACACACACACACACACACACACACACACACACACACAUAUAUACAACAAAUUUCUUUUAGUUUCUGUCUACCAGAUCCACUCACAAGGAUCUGGUUGGUCCAAGACUAUAGUGGAAGACACCUAAGGUGCCACGCAGUGGGACUGAACCAUGCGCUUGGGAAGCAAACUUCUUACCACACACCCAUAC